UCACUAUUACAUACAAACAGUCCCAAUCUGUGACCUUACAGGGGUUACAGGGGGUGGUGCUUAAGGGGUAGUGGGUGGAGCUUCACUGUAAAGUUUAUAGAAAUAUUGUCUAAACUAAUCAGCAGUAAAAUUCAUGGAAAUACAGAUACUCAGGAGCUGGUUUUCUCCAUGCCAGUAAGAAAUAUGGCCGCCUGACUGUCAGGGCAGGUCGGCCAUUUUGCUAUGGCAGUUAGAAAACCCCAGCUCACAGUGGCAUCAGUGCCAUUUCUGUGGUGGAAGCACUUGUUGCUGAUGCUUUAGUCUGGUCUCGGAAGAGCGACCUAGUUUGUUUUUUACAACUAGUAUAAAACUUCUGGCAUUAUUUCCCAUUGUUCAGAGCACUAUAAUAUCUGUGCUUUUCCUGAAAAAUUUUUUUAUUUUAUUUUUUAUUUUGUGGAUUUAUUGAACAUCUGGAGAUGAGCGGCAGACGGGAGCUGAGGCGGCUCCUGGAGGACCAGAGGAGCUGGAGCCGUCUCGGAGAUCAUGAUGAUUCACCCCCAACCGUUUUUGAGGAGAGGCUGCGGUCCGAGCGCCGAAGAGGUGCAAUAACUCGUCAGAACACCCAGGAAUAUCUAUCAAGAGGAGAAACAUCCGCUCAUCUACAGACACCUCAGAGGGAGCACAGACACCGAAACUGCUCUCCUCUUCCUGCUCCUGAGACAGCACCAAGAGGCAGACCAAGUCCAGAUCCUCUCCCUGGUCCAAGUCAUCUACAUCCAGCCUCUCAGCAGCCAGUGGAGAAUGAGCAGAAUGUCUCGGCCACUCUGCAAGAGGCCAUCAUGCAGAAUAUCGAAGCCUUGGUGGAAGCUAACGAUGGGCAGAAUCUCCAGGCCAUGUUGGAAGAGAGCUUCAGACAGAAUAUGCCAGCAUUGGUGGAGGAGAUGAAUAGGCAGAAUCUCCAGUCCUUGACGGUGGAUGUCAGCUAUUUCCCAUUUACCAUUAUUGCAGAGGAUGAAGCAAGACAAUCGUGUGUUAUCUGUCUAAUGGAGUACGAAGCUGGGGAACGAGUGUCUGUCCUGCCCUGCAGCCACACGUAUCAUCCAAGCUGCAUAUCAGAGUGGUAUGAAACAAAUUCCAGCUGUCCCCUGUGCCGCAGUGAGUGUACCCCAAGGCGGAUCCGGUGUCAGAUCUCCUGAAUACGGUAAGAUGAAGAUCUAAAUCACCAUCACCAACGGUUAUCUGUGGAGAGUAUACUGUAUCACAUGGUUACUCACAUCGGGAAUCACUUCCUAUUGGAGCGCUGGACCCAGUGCCCAUAUAAAUGGAAUCGGAUUGCCCUGGAGCUGCACAGAUAGAGUGAGUGACAUCUGUUUGUAUUAUAAUUCAUCACGGUGCAGCAUUGGAAUAGUUUAUUCAUUUUGCCAGCCUGAUGUAUUUUAUUCAGUGGCAAACG